AUGCAUGUGAGGGUCACCCACAGCAGUGAGCCCACAUACAACACACGUCCCCAGCUUCAAUUUGCCAUCAACAGCCAUGGGGGAGUAAGUAUGUGACAGGAGCUCUGCCUGCCCAGUUAUCUCUUGUCUUUCAUAAAUCCCUAUAGGAAUUCACCUUUUGUAUCCUCUCUUAAUUUUUCUUAAUUGUAUCCACCUUGUUGUAUCAUGGCAACAAAGAUGACUUUAUAGCACUCAUUGUUGCCUUUUUUAGAAUAAGCUUAUUUAAAGUUACUGCUUGUAAAGAAAGGUGUUUUAGCUACUCUUGCAUAGAAAUACUUUUUGUAACAGUAUGAGAACUUUUUAAAUCUGUAAUUAGCGACUGUUGAAGUUUUACAAUGAAUCAUUGGAUCUUGCCUCCUAGGGUUUGUCUGUAGUGACACUUACGGACAGAAAAUGAUAAUAAAUCAUGCCAAUUUGUACAUCUUUGUUUAUUAAUUGUUCUGAAAACAAAACGUUCUCUUUAGAACUAGCUAAUACAAUUUGACUACUUGUUUGUUUUGUAAAACCUGAACAAUCUGAUACAUGCUUUGUAUUUUCUUAUCAAAAAGGGAGUAUCUGCACAUGCAAAAAAAAUCCAUACAUACAAAAAGCUUAUUUCCCUCAAAUGUUGUGCACAAAUGUGUUUACAUCCCUGUUAGUGAGCAUUUCUCCUUUGUCAAGAUAAUCCAUCCGACAGAUUUGGCAUAUCAAAAAGCUGAUUAAACAGCAUGAUCAUUACACAGGUGCCCCUUGUGCUGUGUACAUUAAAAGGCUACUCUAAAAUGUGCAGUUUUGUCACACAACACAAUGCCAUAGGUGUCUCAAAUUUUGAGGAGGCGUCAAUUGGCAUCCUGACUGCAGGAAUGUCCACCAGCACUGUUGCCAGAGAAUUGAAUGUUAAUUUCUCUGCCAUAAACCGAUGUCGUUUUAGAGAAUUUGUUAGUACGUCCAACCGGCCUCACAACCGUGUAUGGCGUUGUGUGGGUGAGCAGUUUGCUAAUGUCAACGUUGUGAACGGAAUGCCCCAUGGUGGCAUUGGGGUUAUGGUAUAGGCAGGCAUAAGCUACGGACAACGAACACAAUUGCAUUUUAUCGACGGCAAUUUGAAUGCACAGAAAUACCGUGACGAGAUCCUGAGGCCCAUUGUGAGACCUAAAAAAAAAAAGGGCAUCUGUGAUCAAGAGAUUAUCUGUAUUCCCAGUUGUGAAAUCCAUAGAUUAGGGCCUAAUUUAUUUCAAUUGACUGUAACUCAGUGAAAUCUUUGAAAUUGUUGCAUGUUGCGUUUUAUAUUUUUGUUCAGUAUAAUUCUCUAUUGUGCAGUGUUAGUCUUUCUAGGUGUUUGUUUUACAUAAAUAACAAGUUCGUUUUGCAUUAAAUGCAACAGAGACCUUGUUAGAAAUCAAGCUGAGUGUUUCAGUUUUUAGCAAAGCUCAAACUCUUCCUCCGCAUGCUAAAGGCGUCCGCAUACAUAGGUUCAGUUUGCUCCUAGCAGAACUCAACUAGGCGACGUGAACGUCUGUUUUCGCAUAAUCCCUUAUAAAAAGCAUGAGCUGGCGCACACCCAGAGAACAUCACUUAGUGUAGAGGUGCUGACUAACGGAGAAUAAACUGUAAGCUAUAAAAACAAAUAAAGAGAGUGAUGCCCUGUAAAAGGCACAGUGUUGCCGAAACGUUGGUGGUUUCUUACGUAGAGUGUGCGACUCUCUUUAUUUGUUUUUAUUUGCAUAAUCCCUUAAAAUACCUUCGCUUGAAAAAUGAGAGAAAAAAUUGCAAUAUUGCGGUUUGUCCCUCUUGAGAUGCCGUAUGCAACAACAUAUAGUAACAGUUCCUCAAUAGUCAGUAUCAAUCUAAGGUUAACCAAGAAAUCUGUCAUUAAUUUUGACGUUUUUGCCGAGGAGGUCUUAGUCGCGCAUUUUUACAUCAAACUAAGAUGUUUGCAGUAUUUCUCAAGUGAAAUUUUUUGCAUGAAAACUAGUCAUCUGUCGUUUAAUAAAAACAAACACUUCAUUGAAGAAUCCCUACUGUUACCCAAUCACCAAUGAAGGGGUGUAGAGUUUGGCUUGCCUAAAGAAAAAAUGUGUUCGAACAGCUGGAAAAAAAACACCAAAACAAAUAAAAUGUCACAAUUUCGUCAUAAUAUAUGCGCAAUCUGUUUCAACUGGGAAGCAUGCGGUAAGCUUAACUCUCAGCUUAGGUCUCGUGGGUUUUCAUGCGAGGCUCUCAAAUCAUAACUUUGCAUUUGUGUUUCACAUGUCACAUGUGAGCACAGUUUCAUCUUCUUGUUUUUGUUCCUCCAGUUUGGCACAGUGAAUGGCUCAGUGCUGAUGCCCCAGUGGUCCAGAUGGAGUUCUAUUCACAGAGCAGUCAACAGCUAUAGCGCACCCCACAGGAUGUUGGCGGUGCAGAGUAUGCUGGUGGUUCUGGCCUUGCUUGCCCAGAUUUUACCAGCCCAGGCCCGGCCUGCCAUCCCAGAUGAAGGUAAGGCUCCCCUGCCUGGACAUAAAUAUGGCGUCAGUCCAUCACCUAAAUUGUAUGUCUUCUUGUGUGUCACAUUUCUCCUGAUCAUGUUUUUGUGGUCAAAAUGAACCACAAUAUAUUUGACUGGCUCUUAUCCCAGACCCUUUUGAAUUGGGCCAUAUGAUAUCCUUUUUUAUUGUUCAUUUACAUCAGUAGAUGGAUUUAGAGAAGAUGUAGUUACCAACAUAAACAAUGCUCUACAUUUGGAAUUUUAUUUUACAAGCACUCCAUCUGUAAUGGUUUUAUUCCUCUGGUCUCUGUAGUUGUACAAUAAUCUAGAGACUUUUCCAGUGUUUUAAGUUUUUCUCUAUUUAGUCUCAGUGCAGCCCCCACCCAAUUCCCUGUAUAUGAUGUAGAUGUAAUGAGCCUAACUGGAUCUAAUUUGACAUGGCUUUAAGUAUCUACUAUUUUAUAUUGUUGUAGAACUGAAAUAGCUAUGUUAUAGGUUGCCUACGAAAAGGCAACAUAAUAGUUGCACAAGCUCGGCUGAAAAAAAGGAAAAGGGUCACUGAAACAGAAUCCUGAAAAAUGUAUUUUGGAUGAAUUCCAAUAGUGUAAUGGCUGCCUGGACUUGUGGGUGGAUAGUUCUGGAUGCUUACACUCAGGAGUCGGAAGUAGAGUGCUGCAAAAGGAAUAUAAUAAAGCCCAGCAUUAUAAUUAGAGUAAUUAUGAAAGAGGGUCUCUCUUGUGCUGUAAGCUUUCAGAUAAACUAGGCAGAGCUGUGUUUAUCCCAAUACAGCGAGGGGAGGGAGUAAAUGCCUCCCAUCUAUAGCCUCAGGCCCAGGCAGCUUCACUACCUAGCUAGCAGUCCCUGCUCCUCUCCUUCUCCUUCGUAAUGAAAAGGUAUUUUUUUGUCACAGAGGGACGAGUUAACUGCCAGGAAACUAUAAAUAAGCUGUUAAAAAAAGAAAGAGAAACACCCAUGAGUCCACUUGGAGCCCUUCCUAAACCGAAGAGAUAGGGUUUCUGAGAAAACAGUGUAUAUUCUUACAGCUAGAAUGAGAAAGACUGGGGGAUAUAUUGCCGGUGGGGUGGGUCUCUCUCUACCCAGUUUUCAAUCACCAAAUGGCCAGGUAUUAUUUAGAACCCCCUCUGCUGUUCUUCCAGCCCCCCUCUCCACAGUACUUGGGAGUGCAUCACUUUCCCCAUGCUCCCCCGCUGGGUGACUGAUCCACUUCAGCUGUUCACAAACAAUCACAGCAGAAGUAUUUGUUCACAUCCUUUUUGUCAUGGGUGGGAAACAAAAUUGCUUAUUAAGUGGAAAUGGUCAUGUUAUUAUGUAUGUUGCUUAGUUCGUUUUUUUAAAUAAGUGUUAUUUUAGCUUACUCUUGAGUAUUUGUUUGUGGUUUGUUUCUCUGUGAGGAGGAUUGGAUUGAAAAGGCCCUCCUCAGAAGGAGAUAAAUCUCUAAAGGAGGCAAGUCAUUGACAGGUGGGGCCGUGUAGGAAAACUGUUUCCCAGGGAAUUCCUUUGACUGUGAGAUCUGCUUCCUGUCCUGAGGUCUGUGGCACUGUCAGUCAAAGCAGAAAAUACACUGACACUUCAGUAGAGGACUCAAAACCCCGAGCUGCCAAGGCCGCCCUAAUUCGGACUCUCCUCAGACAGAGAGGGGUUUAGAGGCACUUUACAGAGAGGGGUUUAGAGGCACUUUACAGAGAGGGGUUUAGAGGCACUUUACAGAGAGGGGUUUAGAGGCACUUUACAGAGAGGGGUUUAGAGGUACUUUACAGAGAGGGGUUUAGAGGCACUUUACAGAGAGGGGUUUAGAGGCACUUUACAGAGAGGGGUUUAGAGGCACUUUACAGAGAGGGGUUUAGAGGUACUUUACAGAGAGGGGUUUAGAGGCACUUUACAGAGAGUGGCGCAGUGGUCUAAGGCACUGCAUCGCAGUGCUAGCUGUGCCACUAGAGAUCCUGGUUCGAGUCCAGGCUCUGUCGCAGCCGGCCGCGACCGGGAGACCCAUGGGCGGCGCACAAUUGGUCCAGCGUCGUCCAAGGUAGGGGAGGGUUUGGCCGGCAGGGAUGUGGGUUUGUUUCCCACGGGGGGCCAGUAUGAAAAAAAACAACAUGUAUGCAUUCACUAACUGUAAGUCGCUCUGGAUAAGAGCGUCUGCUAAAUGACUAAAAUGUAAAUGUAAAUGGAUUUAGAGGCACUUUACAGAGAGGGGUUUAGAGGCACUUUAGAGAGAGGGGGGUUAGAGGCACUAUACAGAGAGGGGGGUUAGAGGCAUUAUACAGGCUGAACAUCAGGGAUGUGAUGAAGCUAAUGAACUAGACAUGAGGGGCCCCAAAUCAGUGGGGGGAGAAUGGCCACCGAGAGAGUGGUAUUUCUGCUUACGCCAUCUCCCUGCUUUUACUGGGAUCUCUGUGCUGCACUCAACCAUCACUCCGCGAGAGCAGGAAAUCCCAACAGUCAUUCACACGGCAUAUUGCUUCCUAUCUGGAAGCCAGCGCAGGUUCUAUAGACUGGAGCCAAUGUGUUCCGUUUUUAUAGGCAGUCCUGCGCUCAUAGACUCAUGCACUUUUUUUUUUUUUAUCCCUGUGUUGCAUGCUUACUUCUCGGACAAAAUCCCUUUCAUGAUUUUGUGUAAUUAAGUUGAUUUUCAGGGUUGUCAAUACAUUUUUCCAAAUGGUUGGAAGAAAGCAUGCCAGCAGGACUAUUCCAGCUGGGUUGCUUUCUGAAAAUAUGGUCCCUAAUCCAUCUUAAUCCAAUCAUGGAAGCAGAAGGAUUAACUAAACUACAACUUCCUCAUGGAAAGCUUACUACUUUGGUUUGACUGACUAUCUAGUCACCUCUAUUUUUAGUUACACACAGAUAUCCCUUAAUGAAUGGAAAUAAUGAUGGAAUGACUGUAAACAAUGUUAAUUUAGGUCCCACUGUGACAGAGUAUACAUUUAGAUGACUCUUGCUCCCGAGUGGCGCAGUGGUCUAAGGCACUGCAUUGCAGUGCUAGCUGUGCCACUAGAGAUCCUGGUUCGAAUCCAAGCUCUGUCGUAGCCGGCCGCGACCGGGAGACCCAUGAGGCGGCGCACAAUUGGCCCAGCGUCGUCCAGGGUAGGGGAGGGAAUGGCCGGCAGGGAUGUAGCUCAGUUGGUAGAGCAUGGCGUUUGCAUCGCCAGGGUUGUGGGUUCGAUUCCCACAGGGGGCCAGUUAAAAAAAAAAUAAUAAUAAUAAAUAAAGAAUGUAUGCACUCACUAACUGUAAAAUGUAAAUGUAAAUACAUAAACUAGACGUUGGCCUCAAUUAGACAUUGACUCAAUGUUCUUAGAGCAUCUUCACUUCCCACUUGAUUCUCCAAUUUGCCAUCGCUCCUCAAUAGCGAUGGCAAUGCUGCAACUUGUUGCUGUUUGUGAUCCCAAUUGUAAUCAUAAGACUGGAUUGACUUUGCUCCACAACAUCGACAAGUCAAUGGGAUAUUUAUGGGCCGUCUGCAGCUAGACUAAUAGCUGGAAUGUUGACAUAGCCUUAUCAGCUUGAUAGACUUUAGAGGGCAAGGAGGGAAAAAACCCAAGCAUGAUCAUGGCCCCACACAGAGCGUGGUGGACCCCUUUUAUGUUUUAGCCUGUCUCAAUUAGAUAGUUGUGGCCCAUCCCUAAAUGCUGCUGCUUCUUCCCGUUUUUGAGGAGAAAGUUGAUCCUACCCUCUGGCCCCUUUUUACUGCUGGGAUUAAGGGCAUGUCAGACAUAUGUGAUCCAGGAAAAACCUUUACUAGGCCCAACUAGGGUCACCAUGGCAACAUGCACUAGAACCUGCUGCUGCAGGCCCUCACUUUCUCUCUCUACCUUUCUCUUGUGUACAAGCUCUUGCUCUCUCGCUCUCGUACUCUCUCUCCCCCUUAUUGUUUAGAGCCUGUGUUGAGAUGGAGGGAGGGCUUACUGUGAUCAGGAUUGCUAAUGUUGUCCUGAGGGUAUGGUAUACAGUAUGGGUGUGCUCCCUGGUUGGAGAAGAGCCUAGUAUAUGUUACAUUGUACUGUACUUUUUCUACAUUUUGUUACGUUACAGCCUUAUUCUAAAAUUGAUUAAAUACACAUUUUCCCUCAUCAAUCUACACACAAUACCCUAUAAUGACAAAGUGAAAACAGGUUUUUAGAAAUCGCUGCCAAAGGUGCUUCACCAAAGUACUGAGUAAAGGAUCUGAAUACUUAUGUAAAUGUGUAUUCCAUUUUUUAUUUCUAAAUUUCUAAAAACCUGUUUUUGCUUUGUCAUUAUGAGGUAUUGUGUGUAGAUUGAUUGAGGGGAAAAAAUGAUUUAAUCAAUUUUAGAAUAAGGCUGUAACAUAACAAAAUGUGGAAAAAGUCAAGGGGUCUGAAUACUUUCCGAAUGCACUGUAUGUUCAGUCUUCACUUCAUUAUGAAUGUACCAAGAAGCGGACUUCUUUGGACCCGGGAAGAGAGUAGAUUCAACAACACUGAAACGUUUCUUAACAUAGUAUUAGUAUUUAGUAUUUUAUUGGUAUCCCCAAUUAGCCGCUGCCAAGGCAGCAGCUACUCUUCCUGAGGUCCAAACAGGAAACAAAACACAACAAAUAAUAUACAUAACACUGCAUAAACAAUGCACAAUACAAAGUACAAUACAAAAUAUAUAAAAAAUAUCUGUCUCUUCACAGUCCCAGUCAUUUUCUAUCUGGUUUUAUUGUUAGCUUGAGUUACCUGGGGUGGCAGAGUUCCAUGUAGUCAUGGCUAUAUUUAAUUACUGUGUGUUUCCCAACCUCUGUUUUGGACCUGGGGACUGGGAAGAGACCUCUGGCUGCAUGUCUUGUGUGGUACCGAUGAGUGUCCGAACUGUGUACCAAUUGCUUGAACAGACAGUUCGGUACCUUUAACCCAUCAACACCUUGCACAAAGACCAAUAGUGAUGCAGUCAAUCUCUCCUCAACUUUGAGCCAGGAGAUAUUGACAUGCAUACCACUGACAUUCGCCCUCCGUGUACACCUACAGUGCCUUCAAAGUAUUGACUUAUUCCACAUUUUGUUGUUACAGCCUGAAUUCAAAAUGGAUUAAAUAGAUUUUACACACAAUACCCCAUAAUGACAAAGUGAAAACAUGUUUUUAGAAAUGUUUUCAUAUUUCUUGAAAAUGAAAUACAGAAAUAUCUAAUUUACACCUGAGUCAAUACAUGUUAGAGUAACCUUUUGGCAGCAUUUACAGCUGUGAGUCUUUCUGGGUAAGUCUCUAAGAGCUUUGCUCACCUGAAUUGUACAAUAUUUGCCAAUUUUUCCUUUCAAAAUUAUUCAAGCUCUGUCAAAUUGGUUGUUGAUCACUGCUAGACAAUCAUUUUCAAGUCUUGCUGUACAUUUUCAAGGAGAUUUAAGUCAAAACUGUAACUUGGCCACUCAGGAACAUUCACUAUCUUCUUGGUAAGCAACUCCAGUGUAGAUUUGGCCUUGUGUUUUAGGUUAUUGUCUUGCUGAAAGGUGAAUUAAUCUCCCAGUGUCUGGUGGAAAGCAGACUGAACCAGGUUUUCCUCUAGGAUUUUGCCUGUGCUUAGCUCCAUUCCAUUUUAUUUUUAUCCUGAAAAACACCCCAGUCCUUAACGAUUACAAGCAUACCCAUAACAUGAUUCAGCCACCACUAUGCUUGAAAAUAUGGAGAGUGGUACUCAGUAAUGUGUUGAAUUGGAUUUGCUCCAAAUAUAACACUUUGUAUUCGGGACAAAAAGUGUAUUGCUUUGCCACAUUUUUUGCAGUGUUACUUUAGUGCCUUGUUGCAAACAGGAUACAUGUUUUAGAAUGUUUGUUCUGUACAGGCUUCCUUCUUUUCAAUUAGGUUAGUAUUGUGGAGUAACUUCAAUGUUGAUCCAUCCUCAGUCUUCUCCUAUCACAGCCAUUACAUUCUGUAACUGUUUUAAAGUCACUAUUGGCCUGUUGCUGAAAUCUUGAGCGGUUUCCUUCCUCUCUGGCAACUGAGUUAGGAAGGACGCCUGUAUCUUUGUAGUGACUUGGUGUAUUGAUACACCAUCUAAAGUUUAAUUAAUAACUUCACCAUGCUCAAAGUGAUAUUCAAUGUCAUUUGUUAAAAACGAUUAUUGCACACAGAGUGAGUCCAACUUAUGUGACUUGUUGUUAAGCACAUUUUUACUGCUGAACUUAUUCAUGCUUGCCAUAACAAAGGGGUUGAAUAUGUAUGGGCUCAAGACAUUUCAGCUAAAAAAAAAAUUAUUAAUUUGUAAAAAAUUCGAAAAAACAUAAUUCCAUUUUGACGUUAUGGGGUAUUGUGUGUAGUGACAAAAAAUCUAAAUUCAAUCAAUUUAAAUUCAGGCUGUAACACAUAACAAAAUGUGGAAAAAGUCGAGGGGUGUGACCACUUUCUGAAGGCACUGUAAGUGCAGUACGUGCUGCUCUGUUCUGGACCAACUGCAAUUUUCCUAUGUCCUUCUUUGUUGCACAUGACAGUACAACUGGGCAGUAGUCCAGGUGCGACAAAAUUGGGGCCUGUAGGACAUGCCUGGUUGAUUUUAGAUGUCACGAAAGCAGAGCAACGCCUUAUCGUGGACGGACCACUUCCCAUUGAGUCUAUACGUUUUGACCAUGACAGGGUUACACCCAGCAGUUUAGUCUCCUCAACUUGCUUAGUUGCAACAUUAUUCAGUAAUAUAUCUAAAUGAGGUUUAGGGUGGAGUGAGUGAUUUGUCCCAAAAACAAUGCUUUUAGUUUGAGAUAUUUAGCAACAGCCUAUUGCUAGUUACCCAUUCUAAAACUGACUGGAGCUCUAUGUUAAGGGUGUCAGUUAUUUAUUUUACUGUUGUAGCUGAUGUGUAUAAAGUUGAGUCCUCAGCGUACAUAGACACACAGGUUUUAUUCAAGGUCAGUGGAAGGUCAUUAGUAAAAACAAAAAACAAUAUUGGCCCAAGCCGGCUGCCCUGCGGUACAACACACUCAACCUAAUUUGCAUUAGAGAGGCUUCAAUUAAAGAAAACCCUCUGUUCUAUUAGAUGGGUAACUCUCAAUCCAUAGUAAGGCAGAGGAUGUAAGUCCAUAACACCUACGUUUUUUCAGCAAUAGGUUAUGAUCAAUGAUAUCAAAAGCUGCACUGAAAUCUAACAAAACAGCUCCCAUAAUCUUCUUAUCAAUUUCUUUCAGCCAGUCAUUAGUCAUUUGUGUCAGUGCUGAGCAUGUUGAGUGCCCUUCCUUAUAAGCAUGCUGAAAGUCUGUUAAUGAGUUUUCUGUAAAAUAACAUUGUAUUUGGUCAAACAUGAUUUCAUAAAUACUUCAAGUGUGGCAUCAGGUUGUUCCUCAUUACACACAUCAGACCAACAAAUAUUUUUCACAUCUUUGACAUAGAAAUCAUUGAAAAACCUCUUGAAAACCUCUUGUAUGAUCGCUUAUACACAAUUUUAGGUCCAGUCUUUGUAACUUUGUUUUUUCUAUAUACAGCUAUUAUAUUAUGAUCACUACAUCCGAUGGGUGUGGAUACUGCUUUAGAGCAGAUUUCUGCCGCAUUAGUAAAGAUGUGGUCAAUACACAGAUGAUUUAGUUCCUGUUCUGUUUGUAAAUACCCUGGUAGGUUGACUGAUAGCGUGAACCAGAUUGCAGGCAUCAGUUAUAGCUUGAAGCUUCUUUUUGAGUGGACAGCUUGAUGACAACCAGUCAAUAUUUAGGUCACCCAGAAAAUAUACCUCUGUUGAUAUUAUUAUUGACCAUUUCACACACAUAGUCGAAAUACAAACUUUUAGCACUCCGUGGUCUAUAGCAACUUCCUACGAGAAUAGGCUUUAGGUGAGGCAGAUGAACCUCUAGCCAUAUUACUUCCAUAUCAUCUGACAUGAGAUCCUCUCUCAGCCUAAUAGGAAUACUCUGAACAUGCACAGAGUGUACAAAACAUUAAGAGCACCUUCCUAAUAUUGAGUUGCAUCCCCCUUUUGUCCUCAGAACAGCCUUACUUCAUUGGGGCAUGGACUCUGUAAGGUGUCGAAUGUUGACUCCAAUGCUUCACACAGUUGUCAAGUUGGCUGGAUGUCCUUUGGGUGGUGGACCAUUCUUGACACACACAGGAAACUGUUGAGCGUAAAAAACCCAGUAGUGUUGCAGUUCUCAACACAAACCGGUGCGCCUGGCACCUACUACAAUACCCUGUUCAAAGGCACUUAAAUAUUUUGUCUUGCCCUUUUACCCUCUGAAUGGCACACACACAAUCCAUGUCUCACUUUUCUCAAGGCUUAAAAAUCCUUCUUUAACCUGUUUCCUCCCCUUCAUCUACACUGAUUUAAGUGGAUUUUUGAACACGCUGGACCUGAAUAAGGGAUCAUGCUUUCACCUGGAAAGUUUUUAAUGUUUUGUACACGUGUAAAAAAAAAGUAUUUAGUGUUUGUAAUCACUGAUGAAAGCAAUUUUCCCUACCAAAAAUCCAGAAAAUCACAUUGUAGGAUUUUUAAUGAAUUUAUUUGCAAAUUAUGGUGGAAAAUAAGUAUUUGGUCACCUACAAACAAGCAAGAUUUCUGGCUCUCACAGACCUGUAACUUCUUCUUUAAGAGGCUCCUCUGUCCUCCACUCGUUACCUGUAUUAAUGGCACCAGUAUGAACUUGUUAUCAGUAUAAAAGACACCUGUCCACAACCUCAAACAGUCACACUCCAAACUCCACUAUGGCCAAGACCAAAGAGCUGUCAAAGGACACCAGAAACAAAAUUGUAGACCUGCACCAGGCUGGGAAGACUGAAUCUGCAAUAGGUAAGCAGCUUGGUUUGAAGAAAUCAACUGUGGGAGCAAUUAUUAGGAAAUGGAAGACAUACAAGGCCACUGAUAAUCUCCCUCGAUCUGGGGCUCCACGCAAGAUCUCACCCCGUCGGGCAAAAUGAUCACAAGAACGGUGAGCAAAAAUCCCAGAACCACACGGGGGGACCUAGUGAAUGACCUGCAGAGAGCUGGGACCAAAGUAACAAAGCCUACCAUCAGUAACACACUACGCCGCCAGGGACUCAAAUCCUGCAGUGCGAGACGUGUCCCCCUGCUUAAGCCAGUACAUGUCCAGGCCCGUCUGAAGUUUGCUAGAGUGCAUUUGGAUGAUCCAGAAGAGGAUUGGGAGAAUGUCAUAUGGUCAGAUGAAACCAAAAUAUAACUUUUUGGUAAAAACUCAACUCGUCGUGUUUGGAGGACAAAGAAUGCUGAGUUGCAUCCAAAGAACACCAUACCUAUUGUGAAGCAUGGGGGUGGAAACAUCAUGCUUUGGGGCUGUUUUUCUGCAAAGGGACCAGGACGACUGAUCCGUGUAAAGGAAAGAAUGAAUGGGGCCAUGUAUCGUGAGAUUUUGAGUGAAAACCUCCUUCCAUCAGCAAGGGCAUUGAAGAUGAAACGUGGCUUGGUCUUUCAGCAUGACAAUGAUCCCAAACACACUGCCUGGGCAACGAAGGAGUGGCUUCGUAAGAAGCAUUUCAAGGUCCUGGAGUGGCCUAGCCAGUCUCCAGAUCUCAACCCCAUAUAAAAUCUUGGGGGACUGUUACAGCCCCACAACAUCACUGUCUAGAGGUUAUCUGGAGUUACACAACAUUGUGUAUUUGAAGACUUACAGAAAUGUUUACCUUAGUCAUUGUUAAACAAUUUUGACCUUUUUAUACCAAUAUAUUUCACCAUAAUUUGCAAUUCAUUUCUACAAUUAUUUUCUGAAUUUUGUCUGCAUUUUGAUGACAUGAUAAAAUCAGGCUUUCACUUUUAAGUGGGGAAUGUUGUGGACUACACUUUUUUUCCCAUAGCAACCCUCAGCCCUGCAUGUUUACUGUUAUUUACUGUUAUUUUACUGCUUUUAUUUUUUUAUUAUCUAUUGUUUACAUAACACUUCUUUCUCUUAAAACUGCAUUUUUGUUUAGGUCUUGUAAGUAAUCAUUUCACUGUAAGGUCUACACCUGUUGUGUUCGGCGAAUGUGACAAAUAACGUUUGAUUUGAUUUCGAUCUUUCCUGUAUAUGCUAUAACCAUGUAUAGCUACUAACAUCAACCUGUAGGCUAUCUUCAGAUUAUGUCUAGAUGAAUUUGGGAUUCCAUGUUCUUGUAAACAUUUACCCUUUUUGCAACUUUUUUUGACUCAUCACACGAUGCUGCUACUCUUUACUAUUUGUCACUUUAUUCCUAGUUAUAUGUACAUAUCUACCUCAAUUACCUGGUACGCCUGCACAUCGACUCGGUACUCAUACCCCUUGUGUAUAGCCAAGUUAUUGUUACUCAUUGUGUAUCUAUUACUUUUAUUAUUACGUGUUUUACUUUUCAAUUAUUUCUCUAUUUUCUUUACUCUCUGCAUUGUUGGGAAGGGCCCGUAAGUAAGCAUAUCACUGUUAGGCCGCACCUGUUGUUUACGAAAUAUGUGACUAAUAAAAUUAGAUUUGAAAAGGUUUGGAGUGUAUGGAUUAUAAUCCAUCAAGGAUCAACAAGGAUCUAGGUACGUGAGAUACACAUAUACUGUAGUUGUGACAGAGGAGUAAUGAGAAUGGCAAAGGAUUAGGGCUAGCAAUUGCCAGGGAACUCACAAUACGAUAUUAUCAUGCUACUUAAGGGUCGAUACAAUAUGUAUUGUGAUUGUCGCGAUUCUAUACGUAUUGCGAUGAGAUGUUCUAAACACACCGCUCACUAUAUUUCUGCUACAUAGAGCCCCACAGUGGAGGUGUCAUGAUAAGCCGAAUAUACACUACCAGUCAAAAGUGUGGACACACCAACUCAUUCAAGGGUUUUUCUUUAUUUUUACUAUUUUCUACAUUGUUAAAUAAUAGUGAAGACUCAAACUAUGAAUGACACAAUACGGAAUCAUUAGUAAGCCAAAAAAAGUUUAAACGCAUCUAAAUCUAUGUUAGAUUUGAGAUUCUUCCAAAUGCCACCCUUCGCCUGGAGGACGCUUUGCACACACUUGGCAUUCUCUCAAACCAGCUUCCUGAGGUAGUCACCUGGAAUUCAUUUCAAAUAACAGGUGUGCCUUGUUAAAAGUUAAUUUGUGGAAUUAUUUUCCUUAAUGCGUUUGAGCCAAUCAGUUGUGUUGUGACAAGGGUAGGGAGGGGGGGGGGGGGUAUACAGAAGAUGGCCCUAUUUGGUAAAAGACCAAGUCCAUAUUAUGGCAAGAACAGCUCAAAUAAGCAAAGAGAAACGAUAGUCCAUCAUUACUUUAAGACAUGAAGGACAGUCAAUACUGAAAAUGUCAAUUACUUUGAAAGUUUCUUCAAGUGCAGUCGCAAAAACCAUCAAGCGCUAUGAUGAAACUGGCUCUCAUGAGGACCGCCACAGGAAUGGAAGACCGAGAGUUACCUCUGCUGCAGAGGAUAAAUUCAUUAGAGUUAACUGCACCUCAGAUUGCAGCACAAAUAAAUGCUUCACAGAGUACAAGUAACAGACAUCUCAACAUCAACUGUUCAGAGGAGACUGUGUGAGAAAGCACUACUAAAUGACACCAAUAAUAAGAAGAGACUUGCUUGGGCCAAGAAACACGAGCAAUGGACAUUAGACUGGUGGAAAUCUGUCAUUUGAUCUGAUGAGUCCAAAUUUGAGAUUUUUGGUUCCAACUGCCGUGUCUUUGUGAGACGCAGAGCAGGUGAACAGAUGAUCUCCGCAUGUGUGGUUCCCACCGUGAAGCAUGGACAUUAGACCAGUGGUGUCCUUUGGUCUGAAGUCCAAAUUGGAGAUUUUUGGUUCCAACCGCUCUGUCUUUGUGAGACGUGGUGUGGGUGAAUGGACGAUCUCCGCAUGUGUAGUUCCCACCGUGAAGCAUGGAGGAGGAGUGAUGUGUGGGGGUGCUUUGCUGGUGACACUGUCUGUGAUUUAUUUAGAAUUCAAGGCACACUUAACCAGCAUGGCUACCACAGCAUUCUGCAGAGAUACGCCAUCCCAUCUGGUUUGCGCUUAGUGGGACUGUCAUUUGUUUUUCAACAGGACAAUGACCCAAAACACACCUCCAGGCUGUGUAAGGGCUAUUUGACCAAGGAGAGUGAUGGAGUUCUGCAUCAGUGGACCUGGCCUCCACAAUCACACAACCUCAACCCAAUAGAGAUGGUUUGAGAUGAGUCGGACCGCAGAGUGAAGGAAAAGCAGCCAACAAGUGCUCAGCAUAUGUGGGAACUCCUUCAAGACUGUUGGAAAAGCAUUCCUCAUGAAGCUGGUUGAGAGAAUGCCAAGAGUGUGCAAAGCUGUCAUCAAGGCAAAGGGUGGCUACUUUGAAGAAUCUCAAAUAUAAAAUAUAGUUUGAUUUGUUUUUGGUUACUACAUGAUUCCAUAUGUGUUAUUUCAUAUUUUUGAUCUCUUCACUAUUAUUCUACAAUGUAAAAAGAAAGAAAAAACCUUGAAUGAGUAGGUGUGUCCAAACUUUUGAUUGGUACUGUAUAUAGGAAAAAGUCACCUUGUACGAGAGAUUUAUGCGGUUAUCAAAAUGUGGCGGAAGGGUAAGCCUACACGAAACACAGCCCUUAUUUUAUGUGUUUCUAAAAUCUCCUAUGGGAAAAAUGUAUGGUGGAAAAACUAAUUGAACCAUUUCCCUGUUUGACCGCUAGGUUUUAUGGGUAUUAUGACUCAUACUGUGGUACUCUAUUGAGACGAGAGCAUGAGAAUUUGUUUUGCUCAGUCAAGAAAUAAAAGUGCUGAAAACAUGUUGGCUCACUUCUUUAAGAACAAGCUAUAGGAUGAAAAAUACCAGAGUUUUGGCGCAGGUACAUUUACAGUUGAGUAAUUUAGCAGACUCUCUCAUCCAGAGCGACUUACAGUUAGUGCAUUUAUCUUAAGAUAGCUAGGUGGGACAACCACGUAUCACAGGCAUAGAAAGUACAUUAUUCCUCAAUAAUGUAGCUGUCAGUAGAGCCCGCGCUAGAAGGGGAGGGGGGAGGGGGUCGUCAGGUGCUGGUUAAGUUAUAGAAGGGGGUGUUGAGGUGAGGAGGAGGAUUAUUUAAGAUACUGUCUGAAGAGGUAGGGUUUCAGAUUUUUUUCGGAAGAUGGGCAGGGACUCUGCUGUCCUAGCUUCAGGGGGAAGCUGUUUCCACCAUUGGGGUGCCUGGACAGAGGAGAGCUUGGACUGGGCUGAGCGGGAGCUGCCCUCCCUUAGGUGUGGGAGGGCCAAGAUACCUGAGGUGGGAGAACGGAGUGCUCGGGUUGGGGUGUAGGGUUUGAGCAUAGCCUGAAGGUAGGGAGGGGCAGUUCCUCUUGCUGUUCCGUAGGUAAGCACCAUGGUCUUGUAGUGGAUGUGAGCUUCAACUGGAAGCCAGUGGAGUGUGCGUAGGAGCGGGGUGACAUGAGAGAACUUGGGAAGGUUGAAAACCAGAAUGGCUGCAGCGUUCUGGAUAAGUUGCAGGGGUUUGAUGGCACAAGCGGGAAGCCCAGCCAACAGCGAGUUGCAGUAGUCCAGACGCGAGAGAACAAGUGGCUGGAUUAGGACCUGCAUCGCUUCCUGUGUGAGAUAGGGUCGUACUCUACGGAUUUUGCUGAGCAUGAACCUGCAGGAGCGGGUCACUGCUUUGAUGUUUGCAGAGAAGGACAGGGUGUUGUCCAGGGUCACGCCAAGAUUCUUUGCACUCUGGGAAGGCGACACUGUGGAGUUGUCAACUGUGAUGGAGAGGUCUUUGAGCGGGCAGGCCUUCCCCGGGAGGAAGAGCAGUUCCGUCUUGAGCUUGAGGUGGUGCCCUGGGGGACACCAGUAGUGCGAGUACGUGGUGCAGACAUAGAUCCUCUCCACUUCACCUGGUAGGACGGCCUGCCAGGUAGGAUGCAAUCCAAGAGUCUACAGAGCCUGAGACGCCCAGCCCUGAGAGGGUGGAGAGGAGGAUCUGAUGGUUCAUGGUGUCGAAGGCAGCGGAUAGAUCUAGGAGGAUGAGAACAGAGGAGAGUGAGUCAGCUUUGGCAGUGCGGAGAGCUUCCAUGACACAGAGAAGAGCAGUCUCAGUUGAUUGACCCCGUCUUGAAGCCUGACUGGUUAGGUACAGAUGACUAGCGCUAUCUAACACUAGGUGUACAUAGCAAAUCGAUACUUGGAGUCAAGUAUCAAUAUAAUAUCAUCCAAAGUAAUAUUGCAAUUUGUAACAAUCGUUUCUUUCUGCAAAGGAUGCAGAAAAUGUAUUGUGACAAGUGUUUGUGCCAGACAUUACCACUUGGAAAAGGCAAAGAUGGCUUUUUCACCGUAUAGCCCAGUCCUUAUCUUAUAGCUAAGAUAUAGACCACGUUGUCCUCUAAUGCUUUUCCAGCGUCUGGAACAGAUAAAUGUCCCCAUAGACUCCCAGGCAAGUUUAGCUUGAUGGACAAGAUGUCAACAUAAUUGUUUUACCCCCUUCCCCUGGUCGUCUAUGUAGUCAUAGAAAACGCGGCUCCGGUGUCUAGCUCUGUGGCUAGCUCGCCUCCUCCCCAUUCUUCUAGUAUAAUUCCACCUUCCUCUCCCAAGGAGCUCCUUGCCAGCCUGACGAUUGGCCCUUGACUAAUUUGGGGUGCGAUUAAAUUUAAUGGAGAGGAUAGACCGGGAUUGGGUGGAGAAGGUAAGAGGCUGCAGCUCGAUUUUCAGCUCUGCAAACUCAAACAAGGGCUUGGAUUCAAUAAACCGUGUGUGAAUGUGGAUGAUGGUACUUUCAGGGACAUCGAGGAAAGAGCUGCUCCCUUGUCUUUGUGAUUCCUUUCUCAUAUACAGUUGAAGUCGGAAGUUUACAUACACUUAGGUUGGAGUCAUUAAAACUCGUUUUUUCAACCACUCUUGUUAACAAACUAUAGUUUUGGCAAGUCGGUUAGGACAUCUACCUUGUGCAUGACACAAGUAAUUUUUCCAACAAUUGUUUACAGACAGAUUAUUUCACUUAUAAUUCACUGUAUCACAAUUCCAGUGGGUCAGAAGUUUACAUACACUAAGUUGACUGUGCCUUUAAACAGCUUGGUAAAUUCCAGAAAAUGAUGUCAUGGCUUUAGAAGCUUCUGAUAGGCUAAUUGACAUCAUUUGAAUCAAUUGGAGGUGUACCUGUGGAUGUAUUUCAAGGCCUACCUUCAAACUCAGUGUCUCUUUGCUUGACAUCAUGGGAAAAUCAAACAAAAUCAGAAAAGACCUCAGAAAAAGAAUUGUAGACCUCCACAAGUCUGGUUCAUCCUUGGGAGCAAUUUCCAAAUGCCUGACGGUACCACGUUCAUUUGUACAAACAAUAGUACGCAAGGAUUAACACCAUGGGACCACGCAGCCGUCAUACCGCUCAGGAAGGAGACGCGUUCUGUCUCCUAGAGAUGAAUGUACUUGGGUGCGAAAAGUGCAAAUCAAUCCCAGAACAACAGCAAAGGACCUUGUGAAGAUGCUGGAGGAAACGGGUACAAAAGUAUCUAUAUCCACAGUAAAACGAGUCCUAUAUCGACAUAACCUGAAAGGCUGCUCAGCAAGGAAGAAGCCACUACUCCAAAACCGCCAUAAAAAUGCCAGACUACGGUUUGCAACUGCACAUGGGGACAAAGAUUGUACUUUUUGGAGAAAUGUCCUCUGGUCUGAUGAAACAAAAAUAGAACUGUUUGGGCCAUAAUGACCAUCGUUAUGUUUGGAGGGAAAAGGGGGAGCUUGCAAACCGAAAAACACCAUCCCAACCGUGAAGCACGGGGGUGGCAGCAUCAUGCUGUGGGGGUGCUUUGCUGCAGGAGGGACUGGUGCACUUCACAAAAUAGAUGGCAUCAUGUGGAUAUAUUGAAGCAACAUCUCAAGACAUCAGUCAGGAAGUUCAAGCUUGGUCGCAGAUGGGUCUUCCAAAUGGACAAUGACCCCAAGCAUACUUCCAAAGUUGUGGCAAAAUGGCUUCAGGACAACAAAGUCAAGGUAUUGGAGUGGCCAUCACAACGCCCAGACCUCAAUCCUAUAGAAAAUGUGUGGUCAGAACUGAAAAAGCGUUUGCGAGCAAGGAGGCCUACAAACCUGACUCAGGUACACCAGCUCUGUCAGGAGGAAUGGGCCAAAAUUCACCCAACUUAUUGUGGGAAGCUUGUGGAAGGCUACCUGAAACGUUUGACCCAAGUUAAACAAUUUAAAGGCAAUGCUACCAAAUACUAAUUGAGUGUAUGUAAACUUCUGACCCACUGGGAAUGUGAUGAAAGAAAUAAAAGCUGACAUAAAUAAUUCUCUCUACUAUUAUUCUAACAUUUCACAUUCUUAAAAUAAAGUGGUGAUCCUAACUGACCUAAGACAGGGAAUUUUUACUAGGAUUAAUGUCAGGAAUUGUGAAAAUCUGAGUUUAAAUGUAUUUGGCUAAGGUGUAUGUAAACUUCUGACUUCAACUGUAUCUGGGCACAAGAUUAAGUGUAAACCUCUGACAUAUGCCUUUUUAUCAGUAAAUUUGAUUAGAACAUAGAUGGUUGCAUCACAGUAUGAGAAUUUUCUGUACAUUUACCCAAUGUCAGAUAUGAGCUAUAUGCACUAUUUAGAUUUUUGUACUUUUUUCCUCAAUACAUUUUCUCAAGACUGGUUAUGUUGUAGAUAUUAUAUAAUCUGUCUCCUGCUGUAUACAGUUGCAUACAUUUUGAUAUGCAUCUCCCAGUAUCAUAUUAACCAUUUAUUCUGUCUGUAGUUUUCCUAUCUGCCCAGUGAUUAAAGGGAUACUUCGGAAUUUUGGCAAUGAGUCUUUAUCUAAUUCCCCAAUAAUUUAUCUAAUUCAGAUGAAAUCAUGGAUACCAUUUUUAUGCCUCUGUGUCCAGUAUGAAGGAAGUUAGAGGUAGUUUCGCGAGCCACUGCUAACUAGCGUUAGCAUAAUUAAUGGCAGUCUAUGGGUAUCUGCUAGCAGGUACCCAUAGACUUCGUCAUUGCGCUAACGCUAGUUAGCAAUUGCACUAGCGCUAGUUGGCAACACGUGGAGACAAAAAUGGUAUCCACAAAUUCAUCUGACUCUGGGGAAGUAGAUAAAGGGCCUCAUUGCCAACAUCCCGAAGUAUCCCUUUAAAGCCAUUGUGUUAGUAGGAGCGUGCCUGCAUUUCUUUCAUGUAUACUACUGUACAGGAAGGUACUUAGCCCUCACUAUGCCCUGUUUUUUCCCCUAGUCGUCCCUGCACCACCUGUGAAAAUCCAAGCGGAGCUUUACACCCUGUACCCUGGGGACCGACUGGAGCUGAAAUGUAACAAUAAGGAGUCAGUCAACUGGACCAAGGACGAUGCAGUGGUGGUUGAUGGGGAGCACACACGUUUACGAGACGGCCAACUGGAGAUCGAGGGGGUGGAGCCGGCUGACUCGGGCCUGUACACCUGCGUCACCUUUGGCAACCACAGCUCUUACUUCUCUGUCAAUGUCACAGGUAAGGUUAAAUAUACAAAGCUACCACUGAGUGCUCAAAUCACUGGUCCCGUAGAGAGAAACAGUUAAAGGUAUAUCAAUGCAGGGAAGCCCAAGUCCUAUGACAUAUUUGUCCUCUCUUCCUAUUCACCAGUUGAUAUCCUGGCAUCCUCUGAAGAUGAAGACGAGGAGGAUGAGUCUUCCUCAGAGGAGGCAAAGCUGUCUAGCAGUCAAAAGCUUUUGCGUAAGUGUCUCAUCCUCCUAGUCCUACCACCUGUCACCAUUGCUGUUUCCUUGGAAUGGUAGAACAGAGCUUGGACCAGAUUCUUAAGCUUAACAUAACAAAGCCCUAACUAAUUUGGUUAUUUCCAGUCUCAGCUACAAUUCAUGUGUGAUUCACCUAUUAGGCGUGUUUGCUGUUCAUCUAAGAGUGAUUUGUCCACAGUUGUGAUUGAGGAACAAUAGCAGCCCACAGUGGUGGUUACACUUGAGUAAGAAAUGUCACACUAGUGACUCACCUCGGUCCAUUCCAGACGUCCCCUGAUUUAGUGUUUGAGUCUAUGGGGCAUUAUAAAACCAGUCAGGCGUGGUCAGCUGGCAUCUGGUGACUGCCUUGGGCCCACGGACAAGUAAGCAGCUAGUGUGGUGGUCACCCCGAUGAUGAUCUUGGGCCCCAGGAGACUAGUCAAUCCUAUACUGGAGUUUUGUAUUGUUUUUUUGAUGUUUUUUUUUGUUUGUUUUUUACAGAAAAUGGUCUUGACUUGAACUGUUUUUGUGGUUUUAUGAAAUACUCCUAAGCCUGGUGGAAACUACCUGCACACACAAUUUGUCAAUUUUUGUCAGAAGAGGUGUUUAACUUUUCUGUCUUUCUCUCCCUUGUUCCUCAGCAAUGGCCCCUCAGUGGGCUCAGCCAGAGAAGAUGGAGAAAAAGUUGCAUGCUGUCCCAGCCAGUAAGACGGUCAAGUUCCGCUGCCAGGCCAGUGGGAACCCCACCCCAACACUCAAGUGGUUCAAGAACGGAAAGGAAUUCAAGAGGGAUCAGCGCAUCGGGGGCUUCAAGGUAAACCCCCUCCCUGAAUUCACCCCUUGGUACUAGACUGCCCAAAAACCAUACUAUACAUUGAUCCUAAUUCAAUAUCCCCAAACUCCUUGACCAUGAGUGCAGAUGUGAUGGUGAUAUCAUCACUUUUAGAUCACCAACCCCCACCCCCCAGCAUUAGAGGCCUGAUAGCUAGAGGAAAGCAGGAGCUAGGUUCACACCUAACUGGGGAACAAUGCAAGGUGAAAUCCAAUGCCACAAAGGGAUGAUUGUGCCACAAAAAUAAUUCCUUGAGGAUAGCAAUUUUAGCCCUCCUUUAAGAGGCAGGAUACGCCUGGCUUACUGUGGCUUGCGAAAGUAUUCACCCCCCUUGGCAUUUUUCCUAUUUUGUUGCCUUACAACCUCGAAUUAAAAUGGAUUUUUUGGGGGGGUUUGAAUCAUUUGAUUUACACAACAUGCCUACCACUUUGAAGAUGCAAAACAUUUUUUUUUGUGAAACAAACAAGAAAUAAGACAAAAAAACAGAACUUGAGCGUGCAUAACUAUUCACCCCCCCCCCCCCAAAGUCAAUACUUUGUAGAGCCACCUUUUAGCCAUUACAGCUGCAAGUCUCUUGGGGGUAUGUCUCUAUAAGCUUGGCACAUCUAGCCACUGGGAUUUUUGCCCAUUCUUCAAGGCAAAACUGCUCCAGCUCCUUCAAGUUGGAUGGGUUCCGCUGGUGUACAGCAAUCUUUAAGUCAUACCACAGAUUCUCAAUUGGAUUGAGGUCUGGGCUUUGACUAGGCCAUUCCAAUACAUUUAAAUGUUUCCCCUUAAACCACUCGAGUGUUGCUUUAGCAGUAUGCUUAGGGACAUUGUCCUGCUGGAAGGUGAACCUCCGUCCCAGUCUCAAAUCUCUGGAAGACUGAAACAGGUUUCCCUCAAGAAUUUCCCUGUAUUUAGCGCCAUCCAUCAUUCCUUCAAUUCUGACCAGUUUCCCAGUCCCUGCCGAUGAAAAACAUACCCACAGCAUGAUGCUGCCACCACCAUGCUUCACUGUGGGGAUGGUGUUCUCUGGGUGAUGAGAGGUGUUGGGUUUGCGCCAGACAUAGCGUUUUCCAUGAUAGCCAAAAAGCUCAAUUUUAGUCUGAUCUGACCAGAGUAACUUCUUCCAUAUGUUUGGGGAGUCUCCCACAUGGCUUUUGGCGAACACCAAACGUGUUUGUUUAAUUUUUCUUUAAGCAAUGGCUUUUUUCUGGCCACUCUUCUGUAAAGCCCAGCUCUGUGGAGUGUGCGGCUUAAAGUGGUCCUAUGGGCAGAUACUCCAAUCUCUGCUGUGGAGCUUUACAGCUCCUUCAGGGUUAUCUUUGGUCACUUUGUUGCCUCUCUGAUUAAUGCCAUCCUUGCCUGGUCCGUGAGUUUUGGUUGGCAACCCUCUCUUGGCAGGUUUGUUGUGGUGCCAUAUUCUUUCAAUUUUUUUAAUAAUGGAUUUAAUGGUGCUCCGUGGGAUGUUCAAAGUUUCUGAUAUUUUUUAUAACCCAACCCUGAUCUGUACUUCUCCACAACUUUGUCCCUGACAUGUUUGGAGAGCUCCUUGGUCUUCAUGGUGCCGCUUGUUUGGUGGUGCCCCUUGCUUAGUGGUGUUGCAGACUCUGGGGCCUUUCAGAACAGGUGUAUAUAUACUGAGAUCAUGUGACAGAUCAUGUGACAUUUAGAUUGCACACAGGUGGACUUUAUUUAACUAAUUAUGUGACUUCUGAAGGUAAUUGGUUGCACCAGAUCUUAUUUAGGGGCUUCAUAGUGAAGGGGGUGAAUACAUAUGCACGCACCACUUUUCCGUUAUUUAUUUUUUAUACUUUUUGGAAACAAGUUAUUUUUUUCCUUUCACUUCACCACUAUUUUGUGUAUGUCCAUUACAAGAAAUCCAAAUAAAAACUAAUUUAAAUUACAGGUUGUAAUGCAACAAAAUAGGAAAAAUAGCCAAGGGGGAUGAAUUAUUUUGCAAGGCACUGUACCUCAUUUAAUGCAUCUAGGUAGCAGCUGUUUAAUGUGUUUGUUUUCCGUCAAGAUAUAUCUGCGUAUAGCAAAACCAACUUCUCAAAAAGGAAACUCAAUUUCAUUUGUUUUUCAUGGAGGAGACAGGAUAAAUACUGCAGAUUUCAGUUAAAUCCAUUUCACAUCAAUUAAGGGCUUUUUUCUCUCCAAUUUGAUGCCCUUUGACAACAUGACUGAUUCAAUUGACAUUAGGCAGUUUUCCUUCCAUCUCUGUGUUGGGGAGCAGAACAGGACAGCUCACUGUCACAGAGGAAGUGAGACUGUGUAUACAGUUCACAGUAAUGGGCGUGGUGGUGAUGAGUCCGUUUACUUAUCUUUUCCCUGAUGCAGAUAGCAUCUGUAUACUGUGGGCUUGGCUUCUAAAGUUGACCAUAUCCACACUGCAGUGUGGAUGGUUGUGUGUUGGCUUGCGACAGCCUCACGUGGUUUAGGAUGUGCUGGGAUGUUGUAGGGGGCCAGGAUCCUGUUCAUCUGCUCUUCCCAUCAAGGUGUUGUCCAGCCUUGUCCUCGGCAGCCCCCCCCCAGCCGGGACACAUUAAGGAGUUUUCUAUCAGCUGCCUGCCUUCUCUCCCCCGGCCCAGCUUUACCAUCUGGCUGCUGUUUUUUCAGUCAAGGUGCAGAGGUCUAGAUGGGAGGCUGGGGUCGUCUAUGAACGGGGCUUAAUGUAUAUUCUUAAUGUAUGGAGACGGCAGGAGGAAAUAAUGCAGACCACAUGCAUUAACCCAAGCACAACACAUCUGGCCAGAAGCAGCUGUAGAACCCCAGUACAUUUUAGCUAAAUGAGGGAAAGCGUAAUGGAGGGUCUGCGUGUACGCACGUUUGAUGUUGCCAUUGUCUGAGAGGUUUGUUUGAGUUUAAUCACACACUGCCGGUCUUGGCAGAUUUAUGGAAGAACAAUUAUAACUUGGAAUAUAGAGAACAGGAUUUAGCCUUAGAUGUACAUGGGCUGUAACCUGACUGUAGUCAACCAUAGUUUUUCCCGAAACAGGUUGUGACAUACACAUCAUGUAACCACCAAGAAACAGUUUCCCUGCCUCAAUAUGCUUCCAAGAGUGCAUUCAUGUACUGUUCCUCAAGCAAUGGACCACAAUAGUUUUAUACAACAUGGGAAAUAGUCUCCUGAUAGAAAGUUCCUCAUCCUUCUCAUGGAUGUUAAAAUAGAAAGAAAAUAUUAUCUUUUGAUCUGCAUUUCAUUACACAUCAUUGAACUCAUUAGUUAUUUGUACGAAAUGGGGCAAUAUUAACUAGCAGCACGACAAAUGAAAUGUGCUCUUGAACGGUUAUGUAAAUCCCAAUGUCAGAGAAAAUAAUCAUUCUAGAAAUGAACUUAUGAAUCAGGCUGGCUUUACCACCGUUUUUAUAAUCUAAACAAGUCUCUCGCGUUUUAUAGUAUUGAUAGGAUGUCUUGUGAAAGUAUGGGGCUUUGGUUGGACCAGCUGUCAUCUUCAAGUGCCUUCCAUACUUCCUCCUCUGACUAAAUAUUUAACCUUUCUCUUCUCCAAUUUGUAGGUUCGAGAACACAUGUGGACCAUCAUCAUGGAGUCUGUAGUGCCAUCCGACAAGGGGAACUACACCUGUGUAGUAGAAAACCAACAUGGAAGCAUCAACCACACUUACCAGCUGGAUGUUGUUGGUAAGUCUCUCUCUUCUCUGGGUCAUUAUAUCGGUGACAUUUCUUGCUAAGCAUCCCGAAGCCUAAUCCAUUCCCCUGGUUUAAUCAUCAAUUGGAUAUUCAUGUAGCUUAAGUGUGUUGUUGGUUCAGUAUAGCUAAUGGUUUACAACACUAGGCCCUAGUAAUCGAAGUAAUGGUGUCCCUUUUUCCAAGGAGAGAGUCACAUGGUCUUUCAAAUGAGGCAUUUAUUUUAUUUUAUUAACCUUGUUUAAUUUGUGGCUCUGUUGAUGAAGUUGGGUAAAAGCGUGAAAUUAUUAUUCCCUCCUGGACCUGCCCUGUGACUUACUCACGCUGCAUUGGUUCUAUAAAUCAAAGCUCCACCUCCACAGACAGUGGUGUCUCCUGGGAUAUUUGCGGCUGGGGCCGGGGUUGGCGUGACUUCACUCCCCAACCUUGAUCAGCUGUGAGAUCAUUUUGGAGACGGAGUGUAAUUCUACAAAAUGUGUGCAAAGCGCCACACUGAUCUCUGUAUCAGGAAAGCAACUGAAGCCUGACAAUUUGUUUCCUUGCCAGAUGCUGGGCUCAUUAGUACGGUUGGGGGAGUUAUCAGUCAUCAAAAGGGCGCCCAGAGAACAUUUCUCUCUCAGGGCAGCGGCUUAAAACUUGUCUGCAAGCUUGUGUUUCCAGUCAUUUGGGCCAAAUGGCAGCAAUUAUACAGGCGACAGAGUAGUAGGGGGAACUGUUAUUUCCCUGGCUGUAAAAAUUACCGUAUGUAAGUAGUGAAAUGACAUGAGAUCAGGGUAACCUUGUAACCUGGCCUAGAUCAGGCUCUACUGAUAGAGGUGUCCUCUUCCUGUUGUCUGUUACUCUCCUAAUUUAGCAAUGCCUCAAUGCCUAUUCAUUACUGGAAUGAACUAGAAACGUAGCCUAAUCAUUUGCUGUUUUUUCCCCAAGGUCUUUCUGUUGCAAUGACCACUAGGAUUCUCCACGACUAUGUCUUCGUAUGUGGUUGACAUGUGUCUUUCAAUGUGAUUGAUGUGUGUCUGUGUGUAUGUGUCGCAGAGCGUUCCCCCCACAGACCCAUCCUGCAGGCCGGACUGCCAGCCAAUAACACUGCGGUGUUGGGCAGUGAUGUGGAGUUUGAGUGUAAGGUGUUCAGUGACCCCCAGCCUCACAUCCAGUGGCUGAAGCACAUCGAGGUCAAUGGAAGCCGCGUAGGCCCUGAUGGCUUACCCUACGUCCGUAUCCUCAAGGUAUGGGCUCGCAGUGCACUGACUGGGUCCACCACCAGACUGUACACACCACAUAGCUGCAAGUAUUAUUUUCAGUCUGGAACAAAAGGUGAUAACCUACAUUUAAGGGUGCGUUCGUAAAUUCACUCUGGCUAUCUACUCCUGAUUUCAAAGCACUCUCGUCUGAGUGUGCCAGAACGCAGAAUAGCUGAUGAAUUUAUGAACACGCAACACCCGUUGAAUUUGACCGGUGUCAGUAAAUGUCUGCAAGCAGCACAGGUACAGUCACCAACAGCUAUAGAUAACAUGACAACAGCCUAAUCAGCUCUGCUAGGGCAAGUAAAAUGGUCAGAGUGUGGUGUUCUCUCAUUUGUGUCUGGAAGUAGCUAGCAAGCUAGCCAAUUUUAGCAAGUUAGCUUGGGUGCUUGACUGCUGUUGUAAGGUCAGAACGCUCGGAUGAACCCUACACCUUGGCCAGAGCGUCCAGUGUGCACUCUGAACGCUCCGAGACCAAAACGCUCUGGAUUUACAAACAGACAAUCUGCCAACGCUCUGAAUUUACGAAUGCCCAGAGCGCACUCCAGAGUGAAUUUAGGAACGCACCCCAUGUAAUACUUGGGGAAUACAGCCAAACAGUAUUAGAUUUCAAUGAAAUCUAGUUUAUCAUUUUCAUUGUGUCUUCUCUAUUCUAUCCGUUCAAUGCUGUCUGGCAAAGGAGGGCAAAUAGUAUCCCUCUCCUAGGAUAUGAUCCCUCUAUGUAAGAAGUAGUUUCCUGUGCCCUGUUGAGUAAAACUCUAUGCUUGACAGAGGAAAGUCGACGCUAACAAAUGAUUGUGAUCUCAUUCAACAGAGACAACAGCUUUUUGCCCUAUCAAUCUGAUUAUUUAAAUGUUUGUUACAACCUCAUCUUGACUUGUUGCACGUGACUUGUUUUUGUUUCCAGCACUCUGGGGUCAAUAGCUCGGACACUCAGGUGUUGACCCUCUACAAUGUCACUGAGGAGGAGAGCGGGGAGUAUAUAUGUAAAGUGUCCAAUUAUAUAGGCGAGGCCAAUCAGUCAGCCUGGCUGACCGUCGUCAGGCAUGAGGCCCAAGGUAACCGCCCCACGCAGCAGCAGCUCAGAGCACACAGAGAGCCUCAAACAGGGGCUGUUAUGGCCACCUGGAGACCUAGGGACUUAUUUAAGGACAACCUCAGCUGUUUCUUUCCUCCCUCGCUCCCUCCCUCUAUCCCGCCUCGGUGCUCCUGACUGUAAAUGACUCUAUGGAAAAUUCCCAGCAGAGCGGUUGAAUGUGUUUAGUCUUGGUUUAUGUUGGACUGCUUUCUCUCUCCUGCCCCAUGCCUCUCCCGUGCCAUCCUAAUAAGGGCAUCUCCUGCCAUCCACUACUAUUACUUUCACUCCCUCGACCUUCAAAGUCUUCUGCUCUUAUUACUGCCUUGUUCCCCCCCACUGCUUUUCAGCUGUUUUACUCAGCCUUUCCAUCUUUCAAUGUGCUCCUUCUGUUUGUCUGGUGGAUUUGUUGUAUGGUGAAGUGUGUGUGUGGUCUUGAGAGUGAGCGUGUGCUCUGCUGAGGGGUUUUCCAUGUAGCUCAUCUCUUGCAUGUAGAGAUGAGUCUAUAGGGUAUGGGAUGUCUGUCCCUGCUUCUCCUCAAAUGGUGAUGGUACAGUGAAGGGGUUCAGUGCUGCGGUGCGGUCUCUACCUAACUAGCUCCUCCACUGACUGACUGGAGGGCCGAUACUGGCAGCACCCUCUAAUGGCGGUGUGGUUUUUACUCUUGUGGGGGGGGGGGGGGGGGUGGUGUUGGACUGAGAGGGGGGGAUGAACACCCCACCCACCCUCUGUCCUGUCCCCUCCACUACCAGAAGUCUUUCCCUUUCAGAAUCUUUUACUCAUGCCUCCCUUUUUCCUCUGGGCCUCUUGUCGGGUCUGCUUCCAUUGUUCUUUUCUAGACUGCUGGCCUUAACACCACGGACAAGGAAAUGGAAAUCCUCCAACUGAGGAAUGUGUCUUUUGAUGACGCUGGGGAGUAUACCUGCUUGGCGGGCAAUUCUAUCGGGUUCUCUCAUCACUCUGCAUGGUUGAUCGUUGUUAAAGGUAUCAAUGGUUCUCUCCUCUGAUCUCUACUUCCUCCUUCCCCUCCCUCCUCUCCCCUUUGGCCUGGCCAUCCACUUCCCACAUUUCUCUGAAUAUGGUCUCUGUAGACCCUACUUCAGUGAACAAUGUUAAUGUGUGUGGAAGCCAGGCCAAAUUGUGUUACUAACCUUCACCCUCACCCUGUAAGCAUGGUUCCAGUCCCAUCCAACCUUUCUGGAUGGGACAGUAUGGUCCAUGCUGAGAAAUGUUUCCCCUCUGUCUUCUGUUUUAUGGAAUAACAGAAUGCCAAACACCCUAUCUGACCCAUAGAAAGUACCUCAACUUACCUCAACCGACUUAACCCCUGAAUAGGAAAUUUCAAGUGUUUAUACCCUCAAAAUUGGAAAGUAGAAUAAAAAUAAAUUACAAUUAACAUUAUUUGGCCAAUUUCAUAAAUGAUUUGUCCUUUUUCCACAUUGUUUCAAAUGGUUAACUUUACAAUGCACUUCUACUUUAUUGCUUUACAAGUUUUACAUUGAGAAGGGGUUGUUUGGCAGUACUGUUGGUGUUUCACUCAAACCUAUGUCUCUCCCAUUCUGGUUUCAAUAUGGUGUUUACAUUUGAUUCUGUGUAAGGCUAAUGUUUUCUGACAAGCACUGCAAAUGACAUAUAUCCCUGAUGUCAUUUCCUGCUGUGAGGACAAAGCCUGCUCUUAAGGCUAGCUUUGAUAAUUGGCCCACUGUAGUGGACGGCUCAUUCCUCAGGGUUGGAAUUUGUCCAAUUAUCAAGCUUCUUGUCAUUCAGCCUCUAGACACAAGGGCAGCUCACUUGUGUUGCUGGUGUUGGUAUCAUUCUGGUGUUUUUCGGAAAGCGAGGUAAAAAAGAAACAUCCAAUAUGAUAAUUUGAAUCUAUAUUGCAAAAUAUUACAACACUGAUCUGAAUUUGAGUUAUUGGAGAUAAGUAGAUUUUGAUUAAACAUAUUUUAUAUUUUGUUUCUAGUCUACUUCAGUACCUCGGUGGUUUGCUCCUUAUCGUGAGAGACAAUGUCAAAUGUUGUAAUUACAAGGAAAUCAUAAUGACAAUUGUGUGUACCAACAACCACCACACAAGCCAUUUAAAACUGGGCUUUUAUGCAGAACCACCAUUUUAUGUGCCCUAAGGAAGUCAGAAUGGGACAUUUACUUUAGACAAAUAAUUAACUAAACUUACUAUUGAACAUGUUUAAAAUAUUUGUAUUGGUGUUCAAUAGCAUAUUUUUUUGCCUGUGAUAUCAUAUGUUCUCCUUAAAAACAGAGCCUUUGCACACAAAAAUAAAUGCAUUAAAGUUAGUAUAUUUAAUGUACAUCCAUUUUAAUGCUCAUGAGUUUGCAAAAGGCUCUGUGUAAUAUGUUUGGGUUUGUCCCAACUCAAGAGAACUUGGCUGUUCUCUGCCACUAGAGAAUAUGGCUACUGGUCAAACUGGGAAAGAAUUUGGAGUGAAACCCUAUGCCUGAAAGAAGUGAUUAUGGUGCCACAAUAAGAGUUUGUGCUCCGUGCUCUGUGCCAGUGGUGUCAAGGGCUCUGUUUUUCUGUACAUGUCAGCUGAGUGGUCUUAGUGAAUGUAUCAGGGUGGUUGUGUGUGGUUGAGGGGUCUCUGUGUGUGUAUUUGUUACAUGCCUGUGUGUGCUGUGUUGUGUUGUGAAAGUGUGAUUGGUAUUUGAGAAUGCAUGGACCUCUGUAGUUGUGAUUUGACCCAGUGUGGCUGACCUCCUGCCCCCUAUCCUAUCGCGUUGCCCUCAUCCAGCAGUCCCCCCUUCUCCACCACCCAACCAAACCUACCUGGAAGUGCUGAUCUACUGUGUGGGCUUCUUCCUCAUUGCUGUCAUGGUGGCCUUGGCCAUCAUCUUCAAGAUGCGCAGCUCGUCCAAGAAGAGUGACUUCAGCAGUCAGCUGGCUGUCCACAAGCUGGCUAAAAGCAUCCCCCUGCGCAGACAGGUAACAGAAAGUAGAUAGGGGGUUUGAAAUCUUUAUACCUUUUCCUGCUAUCUCUUUUUAGUAUUCUCAUCCCAUUUAGUGUAAUCUUUUUUCCGUCUUCAAAUUUGUUUAACUUAUUCUUAUCAAAUGGAAGGUUUCAUUAUAUUGUGAAAAUAAAAAAAACGUAAUUCCUUGAGCUUCUGGUUCUCCAAAGAGCCCAUGUGGUGAGUCAGGUGGGUAUGAGUAGAAGGCAGGUGUUCGUCUCAUCCUUCUCUCUGCUUCCACUGGGAUCAAAUUAGUUUUAGUUGUGACAUUGUGUCUACAGACUUAUUUCAGUAACAUUUUGAGGGUUUAACAAAUUGUACGUUAUUUUCUGUCCACACUGGACAUCUUUCUGUCUGUUGUUCCUUUCCUGGCUCCACUACGAGAGAGUAACAGCAGGCUUCUGUAUUCCAGGUGUCAGUGGACUCUAGCUCCUCCCUCCACUCCGGGGUGAUGUUGGUGCGCCCCUCCCGCCUCUCGUCCAGUGGCUCUCCUAUGCUGUCUGGGGUGUCUGAGUACGAGCUGCCCCAGGACCCACGCUGGGAGCUGCCCAGGGACAGGUACGCAGAUGACUGGAACACACCUAUCAAAUACAGACAUAACAACAUCACACAACUUUGAUUGGGAACAUUGCCUGUCUGUCACAAUCCUCUCACAUUUGUUUGUUUCUUCCUCUCCCUUUGACCCAUUCAGACUGGUGCUGGGGAAGCCCCUGGGAGAAGGCUGCUUUGGCCAGGUGGUGAUGGGAGAGGCUGUAGGGAUGGACAAAGAGAAGCCAAACAGGGUCACCAAAGUGGCCGUCAAGAUGCUCAAAUGUAAGUUGUUUCUUUUCUCAUAAACCAUAUCAAACCAGUGAUUUGGGCACAUGGCUGGGACUCCCGUACUGCAUGUUGGGAAGUUAUUUAAAAUACAAGGAGCACAGAAGGUAGCAGAAAGCCACAACCGCAAUUACAGGAUGGGAGGAGAGUUCUACUUAGAGCCAUGAUGCACCGACAUAAGAGGCAUCUGCCACGGGCUCCUGGCCACUGUGCAAAUGGGAGAACAGAGUAAAAAUUGGUUAGCUGUCUGUAGCCUUUUGCUCUUGGUGCCUUUGUAACAUUUUUAAGUAGUUAUGUAAAUUAACUUUGAAAUAAUUUUGUGUAGCAUAAUCUACUUUGCUUUGUACAAAACUGGGAUGUUUACUGUACAUGAGAAUUCUUUAUUAUUUGCAAAUCAUAGAGGUUUCAGGAUUGAGUGAAUUUUAUGAGUAAAACAAAACAAAAAAUGUAUUUCUUUCCUCCCCUCAGCUGAUGCUACAGAGAAAGACCUGUCAGAUUUGAUCUCCGAGAUGGAGAUGAUGAAGAUCAUUGGGAAGCACAAGAACAUAAUUAACCUGCUGGGAGCCUGUACCCAGGAUGGUAGGUCUCACACUGGCACAGACCCCCCUUCUUUCCUUCAGAUCUUUCAUUCAGAAAGGCUGAAAACAUGUUUAAUUUUAGAGGAAAAAGUUGGUGUUUUGAGAAAAUGUUUUGAGACCCUUGCAUUGUUCAGUUGUUUAACAGCAUGUUCAGAUCAGUAUGCAGAAAUGUGUAUAAUGGUAUGAGUAAGGGAUUCUGACACCAACUUCCGAGCUCUCAGUUUGAGAUGACCACAGCUGCUGCCAGGGUUGCCAUAUCUUUCAAAUCUUCACUGACAAGCCCUGGCACCAUGCACUGUGUUCUGCUGGGGAAGAACAUGAGCCUCCUCUGACCCUGCUGUGAACAUUGCAGAGCUUUCUGUCCUAAACACCAUGUAGCAGAACACAAGGCUGGUUUUUGUUCCACCUGGUCCCUUGAGAAGUUCCAGUAGAAGUUACUGUAGGAAUCUGGUAGCAUUCCAUGUAUUAUUCCCCAGACUGGUUUGACAUACAAACUCUCAUUUUUGGCAAACUGUUUUCAAGUCAAUGCAUUUACUAUAGAUAGUGAUGUCGAUUAUUUUAUUUUUUUAAACACUGAGUACACGUGUUAACAGACAUUUUAAUUAUUUUUCUUGUCCUUUAUUUACAACUUGUAGAGUCUUAAUUCCAUGAUUUUGUUAAUGGUGUUUUUCCCUGACCACAAAAUGGCUGUCCAGAAUACACCAUUAGUCUUCUCUCUCUCUCUCUCUCUCUCUCUCUCAUUGGCAUGUUAGGAGAAAGAUACAGCUGUUGGUUAUAAUUCAGAGCUUAACUCUCACUAUGACCCCUCCACCCCUCAAUGAAAUCCAUCCUCACCGCUUGAAAUGCUGUUCUGCUCCUAUUAGUCUGUCUUAUUGUGUUAGGUGUCACAUAAAGGUAUUCUAAAUGCCACAUCAUCCAGUGGUGUUGAAUAGUGAGUGACCAUUGUCUUCCUCUCCCUCCCCAGGUCCUCUCUAUGUUAUUGUGGAGUAUGCCUCCAAGGGAAACCUCCGGGAGUACCUGAGAGCUCGGCGUCCACCAGGCAUGGAGUACUGCUACAACCCUGACCAGGUGCCCAUAGAGAACAUGUCUAUCAAAGACCUGGUUUCCUGUGCCUACCAGGUGGCCCGCGGCAUGGAGUACCUGUCCUCUAAGAAGGUAACAUCAGGAUCCGACUCUACGUACAUCAGCACAGUUGAGUAUAGUACAGUAAAGAUGCAGUGAAUGUGCUGGGCCAGCUAGACCUAGUUCUUAUGUGUCUGUGUACAGUGUAUCCACAGAGAUCUGGCUGCCCGCAACGUGCUGGUGACAGAGGACAACGUGAUGAAGAUCGCAGACUUUGGGUUGGCCAGAGAUAUCCACCAUAUUGAUUACUAUAAGAAGACCACCAAUGUGAGUAUGCUACUAAUUACAGUACCUACCUCAGCCAUGCCAAUUAAUGUGAGAAUUGCUUCCCCUUACCUUAUUCUAUCUCCUGUGUAAAUAAGCCAAUUUACACUAGCAUUUAACCCACAGGGUCGUUUACCAGUCAAGUGGAUGGCCCCAGAAGCUCUAUUUGACCGGAUAUACACGCACCAAAGUGAUGUGUGAGUGUGGAAUAGAUACACCUUUACCAUUUGUUGGAAUGGGCAGAAGUUGGCCAGAUUCAUGUGGCUUGUAUGAUAUGACCUGUGUGUUGACUGACGGGUUUGUCCCUCUGUCUCUGCAGAUGGUCUUUCGGGGUGCUGCUGUGGGAGAUCUUCACCCUGGGGGGCUCGCCGUACCCGGGGGUUCCUGUAGAGGAGCUGUUCAAGCUGCUGAAGGAGGGCCACCGCAUGGACAAGCCCUCCACCUGCACUCACCAACUGUAAGCCGCCUUCCUCUGUGUUCUAUCAUUAGAAUGGUUACUAUGUGAUUAUUCCAGAGCUCAGGGAUGCAGCAGUAAAGAUAUUAUCCCAGAGCUCAGGGAUGUAGCAGUAAAGAUAUUAUCCCAGAGCUCAGGGAUGCAGCAGUAAAGAUAUUAUCCCAGAGCUCAGGGAUGUAGCAGUAAAGAUAUUAUCCCAGAGCUCAGGGAUGCAGCAGUAAAGAUAUUAUCCCAGAGCUCAGGGAUGUAGCAGUAAAGAUAUUAUCCCAGAGCUCAGGGAUGUAGCAGUAAAGAUAUUAUCCCAGAGCUCAGGGAUGCAGCAGUAAAGAUAUUAUCCCAGAGCUCAGGGAUGUAGCAGUAAAGAUAUUAUCCCAGAGCUCAGGGAUGUAGCAGUAAAGAUAUUGUCCCAGAGCUCAGGGAUGCAGCAGUAAAGAUAUUGUCCCAGAGCUCAGGGAUGUAGCAGUAAAGAUAUUGUCCCAGAGCUCAGGGAUGUAGCAGUAAAGAUAUUAUACCAGAGCUCAGGGAUGCAGCAGUAAAUAUAUUGUUCUCUGAUAAUAGACACAAGCCAGCAGCGGAAUUAUGACUCUCCCUUUCCCGCACUCCUUCUCUCCCUCUAAAUUCUCUCCAUUUCUCCUCCACCCUCCCAAAGAUACAUGAUGAUGAGGGACUGCUGGCAUGCUGUUCCCUCUCACCGGCCCACGUUCAAACAGCUGGUGGAAGACCUGGACCGCACCCUGGCCAUGACGUCCAACCAGGUGAGUCCCCACAUUGAGCACACCUCAGCAGUUCACACACACAGACAUGUUACUGUCAGGACUAAAUGCAAAAUGUUAAUAUUGUGUUAACUUCAUAUUUAAGCCAUUUGUCUGUAUGUGGUGUAAAAGUAAUGAUAUCCAAAGCCAGAUAUGACUGUUCUGGCCAGUGUGUCUAAUCCUCUCUCAUAAAUGCCAUAUGUGUGUGUUUGCAGGAGUACUUGGAGCUGUCUGUGCCUCUGGACCAGUAUUCCCCCAGCUACCCCGACACUCGCAGCUCCACCUGCUCCUCAGGCGAGGACUCUGUCUUCUCCCACGAUGCUGGGGCUGAGGAGCCCUGCCUGCCAAAGUUCCCUCCCCACUCCAACGGGGUGGCCCUCAAGAAGCGCUGA